UCUGUACAUCAAUAAAUUCUACCAAACUCAACUCAAAUCCAUGUAUAUAUACCUUCUUGUCAAACAUCUAAUUCACCAUAUCUUUCUUAAAGUAUUUUCCUUUUUCCGUCCUUUCAAUUACUCAUUUUUAAGCUUUUAGAAAACAUCUUAUAUAUCAAUCAUGAUCUCCGCCACCAUUGCUCGCACGGUAGUUGGUAUCAUAGGGAACAUCAUCUCGCUCAUCUUGUUCUUAUCUCCAGUGAAAACAUUUGCGAAGAUAUGCAAGAAAGGUUCGGUGGAGCAAUUCUCGGCAAUGCCUUAUCUAGCAACCAUGUUCAAUUGUGGGAUGUGGAUCUUGUACGGACUACCUGUGUUCCAUCCCAAAAGCAUUCUGGUGCUCACAAUCAACGGUUCUGGUUUUGUGAUUGAAUUGGUGUUUCUAGUGUUGUACCUGGUCUACUCAGACACCACCAAACAGAGGGUCAAGAUUGGUUGUAUAAUGGGUGGGGAGCUAGGUUUCGUAGGCGUGGUGGGUUUGUUGGUGGGAACUCUAGUUAAAUCCGUCAAACAGAGAACCACUGUUAUCGGGAGUGUGUGCAUGUUGGGAUGUUUCCUCAUGUAUGCAGCCCCUCUCUCCGUCAUGAGGAUGGUGAUAAGGACCAAGAGUGUCAAGUACAUGCCAUUUCUUCUCUCCUUGUUUUCAUUUCUCAACGGGCUUUGCUGGGCCUCAUAUGCUCUCAUUGGACAGUUUGACCCUUAUCUUCUUGCUCCUAAUGGAUUGGGGUUGCUUUUGGGAACGGCCCAGCUCAUAUUGUAUGCAACAUAUUACAAGUCGACCAAGGCCCAAGAGUCUGAGCUUCCAGUUAAACAAUAGAGAAUUGAGAUGGAUUUGGCUCAGCUUGCUCGUGAACUCCCUGCUGCUUCCAAAAAUGUUCUCAUGCAGCCUGUUUGAUUUUCUUUAAACUGGAUUUUCUUGUUACUGAUGUUUUAGGCCCAAUUUCCAUCAUUGGAUUUGUGCAUUUAAAUUCCGUGCUUGUGCAACUCAACUUUCUGCACAACUAUUUA